AUGGUCGCUCAUCUUGCAGAACUCGCCAAAUCGCUUAGUGUACCAACCCCGAUUGCCGCGGUUAACACAGGCGAGAUGGAGGGCGGCAAGUUGCUGGUGACGCACAGCGCUGGUGGCGGCGAUGUGACUGCCAGUGAUCCCGGGCUGAGGGUGAACGACGGCCGGUACCAUGUGGCACGCGUUUCCCGCUCCGACGGAAACGUCACCCUGUGGCUGGACGACCGCACUGCCUUCGCCAGAGGACCCAAAGGCCGUCCCAUGGGCGUCCUGGGCGGCUUCUCCUUCCUCGAGGCCGGAGGACUCCAGCCGGCGACGUCGUCCGCGGGCGCCGUCCAGCGUCCCUUCGAGGGCGUCAUGACGGGCCUGGUCUUCGACGGCGUCCGGGUCCUCGACCUCGCGGCCGAGAACGACCCCCGAGUCCGCAUCCAGGGCGACGUCCAGCUCGUCCUCUCCAUCCCCUACGAAUCCCCACGAGGGUCGCAACGCAUGCAGCAGCAACCGCGGGCCUCCCCGGGAUCUUACGAAGGAGACGACCUCGUGUUCUCGGAGGGCUCCGGCUGCUUCGACAGCGACGACGACGACUGCGGAGCCGACGGAUUCGGAUCCGGCGAUGACCUGAUCACGGCGGUGUACGUCCAACCCACCGCCAGGCCGGCACCAUCGCCACCCCCCAUCGCGAUCACCCACCAGCCACCAGACUGCGACGACGAAGACUGUCAGGACGGCGGCUCCGGAGCCGGCCCUCCUUCGGCUUUCUCCCCGACCCCAUCGUCAACCGCCGAGGACGACGACGAAGACGAAGACCGAGGAACGAGCUCGACCCCAAGACCCGCCGCGCCAUCCCCUCCGACGUCGACUCCCACGUCUCCACCCGUGGUCAGCUCCACCCGCCACGAGUGGAGCAUCGUCCGCACGUUCACGGUGACCCGCGCCCCCUGGCAGCCGCGCACAACGCAGGGAGCGCCCGCCGUCAUCAGCGUCCCCAUCCCAGAACUGACGGUGCCCAGCCAGGAGCGACAGCGUCCCACGCCCAAGGCCAAGAGUUCGGCCGACAGUACGGCCCUGGUGAUCGGAGUCAUCGCGGGCAUCCUCAUCAGCAUCGUGAUUGUGGCUCUGCUGGUGUACCAGUUCCGCAGCCGGCCCGCGGGCGCGUACAAGGUGGAACAGGGAGGACCCAAGGGUCCUCCGAUCGCGGGGGCUCAGGCGGCGGCUAGGGGAGCCGAAGCGACCACCUUCCAUCCCGUGGCCACACCGCAGCAGCUCAACGGUGCUCUGCAACCCAAGCCGAGCGACGCUAAGCGCAAGAACGCCAAGGAUCUUAGGGAGUGGUACGUCUGAAAAGGACCGAUCCUCUCUCCACCCUUCGGGCGCCGAGGAACCGAAGCCACGACUGGAAGACGCGUUUCUCUUUUGCGAAAUUGUCGCGGUUCCUUCGGGAGUAUCGCGCGUUUUCAGUGAUGGCAUCUGUUGUAGAUUCGUAGCGCGAUGAACCUUGGCCCUUGGACUUAGGUCCGGGGCCAGGGUCAAAACCUCGGACUUAUAUUGAAAGCAGAACGCGUUCGCGCCAAAAAGGACUGGCCGUGGUGGAUGUUCUUCGGUGGCCUCUUGGCCCCCGUUUCAAGUGCUCUUGGGACACUCUAGACAACAAGGCGUCGUCGCCCGCGCAGUCAUCGACAUCUAUUGUGUGCGCGGGCGAUAGACUACAACCGAGACGGUGUCUUGUGGAAGUUGAGAACACUGUCAAGCCGCGACGAUGAUCUAGGAUGGGAUCAGUUCUCUUUUUUACCUGAGUUGGGGAGGGGGCUUAGAGAAUCUCUCGUAAAUAGCGCCCGCGAGGCGCAUCCUGCACUGUUUAGCGUCGCACUACUCGUGGGACACGUCAUGGUCGACGUGUCCCGCUGCAGCGGCAAAGGACUUUCAUAUCAUGCGGGUGAGCUCAGGUUUAGACCGCCUCGAGGCUGCACCCACGCCGCCUCGAGACGGAGGACACGACACGGCACGCCCAGAGCGGUGACCUCACUAUGAAAAACUCCCCGAGGCGGUUAGAUCAGAGGAGCCGGCUUGACGUCAUCAAAAGUGAGGGGAAGUUGUCUGUACCAGUGUGAUUAAUUCAAGCUUGUUGCACUCCACUCCUCGCUAGUUGCUGAAUUGUUGCUCCCCUUCUUGUUACAAGAAACAAAUAUGGACGUGUCGCUAAUGCGAUGCGAGCGCCCGCGGAAGUGGGAUUCUAUAUCUUAUAAUAGCAACAAGUUGGAGAUAACUCCGUCAGUAAGGUUCUCGAACCUAUGAGUAAGAUGACUCGACAGUUACCUUAGGCAUACUGAACGCGUUCCCCGAACAGGCAUAAUGAUGUGAAGUUAUCCGCUUUAAGCAAGGCCUAACGGAGUACUGAACAACAGCGUGUGAACAGGACAAGUGGUGGAGGUGUGGCGCUAACCACUGACGACGCCAACCGGGAGUGAAGUACAAUCAAUCGUAGAUCUCUCUGGCAUUACUACAGUUCUUGAACGGCGAAAUCGUAGAUUCGCUGAGGGCAGAGAAUAGAUUCCGAAGCAUGUUGAGCACCGCUACGGAAAGGUAAAAAAACUCCUCAUGUAUGUCUUUCAACCUGAUAUCCACGGCGACAACUGUGUGCUUUCUUAUUGGCCCGUUCCUUUGCGUGACAGCAGAUGAUGUCUCGACAGUUGCCUCUCGCCCCUUCCACCUGCUACGUUUACGACUACGUGAGAGUGCCAGCUGUUCUGAGCCAACGUUUUCGGGCGUCUGUCUUCAAUCGCGCGUGGAACGCAGCUUUCACAUCCCAUACAACUGCCCUUACUCGAGCCAACGUCAUCUGGGUGACGUAGUCGCUGAGGGUCUCGACGUUCCGCUGAUGCUGCGCCCACGGCAGAGAACCUCGGACGUCACGUGCUUUGGAUGUCGUGAUCCACCCGACGCGCGUAUUCGAAACUUGCGCGUACGAGUCUGACGUCACCACCGCGAGAACUGUUGAUCAGCUCGUCGGGUGGACAGCAGCGGGCAGCUACGGGUGCAAUAUGUUCGUCUUUCUAUCGUUUCCCUCUGCGAUGGAGCGUCGGGCACCACUGGACACUUGGUGAUCGCCAACGUUGUUGAGUCUUUCUUGGGGGGGUAAGGGAAGGGAGGGCUCGUUCAGAACUGGGGCGGUCGGUAUAAAUAUGUUGCUCGCGGAGGACACGUCAUCCUAAGAUUUGCACAGGCUCUUCGUUCUUUUUUUUUUUUUUCUAUGAUAAUUUGUUUUUGGGCCGGACUGUACCCGCAAGGAAAUUCUGUUUUUAAUCCACGAAACCGCGGUCGCACUGUCCAUACGUCAUAUUAUCUGGAAAUAUUAUCUGCGGGCAUUAUCCAAAGAUUAUCUGGAGAAACACGGCCUCAGACAGCGACUGCAGACUGUCUUUCGUAUGAUGUGUUAACAGUGUUACCGCGGCUCAAGGAUACUCAUGAACCUCGCGUGAAUUCUCCGAGGUGGUGUAGCAUCAAAACCGGUGCGGAAAAGUGUGACGCGAGCAUAUAUGUGCCGUGGUACGAGACCGUGCGCCCCGCAGGCACCAAGAUCAGCAGCAAUAAUACGCGCGUGGACUGAACAAUAACUACAGUAAUAAGACUAAUAAAAUAAAAUGCCUCCCAUUGUGUACACA